UUUAUUUUUUGUUUUUUAAAUCUUCUGUUUCUUUUGGCCCCCUUCUGCUUUUUUUUUUUUUUUUCUAGGGUUUUUAUUGGGAGUUUGAUGAAGGUUCGAGAAGCUAGGGUUUGGAUUAAUCGGCAAGAUAAUACUGUAAUUUUUGGUUGAUUCGAGACAAUGAGUGCCGUCAACAUUACAAACGUUACCGUUCUGGAUAAUCCGGCAUCAUUCUUGACUCCUUUUCAGUUCGAGAUUUCCUACGAGUGUUUGACUCCUCUUAAAGACGAUUUAGAAUGGAAACUUAUCUAUGUGGGAUCUGCGGAAGAUGAGACUUAUGAUCAACUACUGGAGAGUGUACUUGUUGGACCUGUUAAUAUUGGAAAUUACCGUUUUGUAUUACAGGCAGAUCCACCAGACCCAUCAAGGAUACGUGAAGAAGACAUUAUAGGUGUAACAGUUCUUCUCUUGACAUGUUCAUAUCUUAGCCAAGAAUUUGUGCGAGUGGGCUACUAUGUUAACAAUGAUUAUGAUGAUGAGCAGCUUAGAGAGGAACCUCCCCCAAAGGUCUUGAUUGAGAAAGUCCAAAGAAAUAUUCUAACUGAUAAACCCAGGGUGACAAAGUUCCCCAUAAAUUUCCACCCUGAGAAUGGUGGAAACGAAGAACCCCCUUCAGCUGAUCACCCUGUUGAGAGGGAGGGAAAUGAGGAACUCGCUGCUUCACCAAAUCAAAAAGAGGAGCAGGAACCUUAAAAUUUCAACUUGUAGGCAUUGCCGGUAUUCAAGAUACAUAUCCCGGUAACUAUUUUGGUGAUUGAACUCCAAAUCUGAACCACAGCUUGACAAUUGGAUGAAGAUGGUUAAUGAAGUAACGGUUCAGAAAUGCUGGGCUGUUUUUGGUUGUUAGAGUAACUGUUUAACUCGGAUGAUUGCCUCCGGCACUUAGCAGUGGAUUUCCAAGUUUGUAGCAUGCUUCUGUCAGUUUUACCAUCUCAAACAUUCCCUUUUCUCA